AUGGUCUCCCCUUCGAGAUGUUUUAAAGGAGGCCUUUUCGCUGCAUCUCUCUUGUUCAGUGGCCUCGCUGCGGAGGCUGCCUCCAUCAAGUUCAAUCGGAGAGCGAGCCAUGAUUAUGAGGAUCUUUCCUCGUUUUUGGAUGGACUUUAUACGGCUAGCGUAACGCUUAGCAGUGAAGAGUACAAGCUCAUCCUGGAUACUGGGAGCGCGGACAUGUGGGUCGACAAAGCGCCCGAGCACAGCUGGACGGACAAAGAAAUCCCAAUGAAGUUUCAGUAUGAAUAUGCCAAUGGCACUCUUAGCGUUGACGGCACCGUUGGAGUCGCCCCAUUCAAAUUUGGCACGUACAGCAUCGAUGAGCAGGGCAAGUCCGACAUCAUCACUGAUGAUCGAGAGUUCUUCAAACUCAUUGGCGCCAACGGGAUUAUGGGUCUCGGAUUGGAUAGAUCCCACUCCGUAAUCGACGAAGAAGUCAAGAAGAAGGAAGGACAAGCAUCUACAUGGGGAGCCUCAAUCCUCAACAACAUCUUCGAUGACGACGACUGGGAGGACAACUACGUCGCCCUCGACCUAUCCCGCUCUGAAGACGGGGAAGACAUCUCCGGUGGAAACAUCUCUAUUGGCGACUUCGACGAGCAGUUCAAGGACGUGUUCAAUCAGCCAAAACACUACGUCUACCCCAAAGGUUCGCCUAGAUGGACGAUCAUGAUGGAUGGUGUCGGAAAUUUGCGACGGCCGUUGAAACGGCACCUCACGGCAUUACACAAAUGCCUCAGUACAGAGCAGGUGCCGUUCCGAUCACGGAACAGAUGUCCGAAGCCGUUGGAACAGGAGCAUUCCCUGGUGACACCCAUUCCCAACGAGCGACGCGCUUGCUGGCAGGCUGCAGCUCUCUCUCAACUUCCCUAUCGACCGCAAAGACUACAGGGCGACUCCAGCAAGUCUUUAGAAGCGCCAGAAGCGGAAAGUCCCCCCCAAACCUCACCUCUGCCUGCUCCUGCUGCAAACAUCUCCUCUCGCACUGCACCAGCCCUUCUUGGUCGCUCGAAGAACUACUACACAAUCGGGUUGUCGAGCUGA